UUUAAACAGCCUCACCAAAGAGAACGCAUUCCAACUGGAAGAUGACCCAUUUUAAAAUAGACCCCAAUUCAACGGAAACAACAGCAAAGAUGCGUAAAACAAGCUUGGCUACUGAAGAAAGGAUUUCAAGCGUUUCCACAGAAAGUACCGAAACAUAUUCUGAGAUAAACUUGCUGUAUGAACCCGAAGUAUUACGGAAUUCGGUGAUAGCUUACCUGGAAGACACUUUUAGUGAGGACAGCAUAAAAGCUAGCGAAGGUUUUAACACCAGUUACAUCACCACUCAGGAUAGAGCGAUUGAUGAUAAUCUCGCUCCAACACAUCAGACAGCUCAAAGAGAAUAUGAAUUCUCGCUGGAACAAAGCCAAAGGCUGUUUGACAAGAUGCAAGGGUUCGUUGAACUGUCGAUAGACGAAACGAAACCAGCAAUGUCAGAAAAAAAAUUAGAGUCUGAAAAUUUUUGUCACUCUGAAGAAGAAACACAUUCCUAUUCAAGUUCAUCGCAUGAAGAUACGGCAACGCAGAUAUCGCUGUUUACAAAGUUAGCAGACUGUACGCAGCAUCGUUCAACUGUCAACGUCUUUGUGGUGGUUUUGCAAGUUAAUCCAAUAAAGGAAAUGAAAAUAAACUCUGGUUUUAGUUGUGGACAGUUUGUGAAGGUUGCGUCAGUUCUUGUCGGUGACCCGACGAAAGAGUAUUUCAAAUUGACGUUCUGGCGAAAAACUGCUGAAUGGGUCAACAGUUUAAAAGAAGGUGACGUGUUGGUUGUGAAAAGGCUCAAGGUUGAAAAAUGGAAUCAAGAGUUCUAUGGUCAAAGCGGUUAUGGUACCACACUUGUAAAUCUUCAGAGAGAUAAGGGUUGCAGAGUGCCAGCACAGUGGUUGACCAUUGUUGGUCAGACAGAAGCGAAGAGUUUGCUAAAAUGGUUAAAAAGAAAACACUCGUAUUUGAUGAGUCGUCAAACACUAGCUUGUGAAGAUGUGAAGUUGCAAACAUCAAGACAGUUCAAGGCUAAUACAUUGGUUCACUACAGAGGAAAGAUUGUGAAGGUUUUAACCUAUGGAAAAUCAAAUGGCAAAUACGAAUUUGAAAAACGAAAGAUGAAUAAAAUUCUGGCUGUUGCUCUUGACCUAGAAAGCUCUGACGAGGUGCCCAUCUGUUUAUGGGGGAGGCAAGCUGGCUGGGAGUUCGAGCUGAAAUCAAAGAUCGGUAAAAUUUGGUGUUUCACGUUUCUGCGUGUUGAAUGCAACAGCUUGCAUGGUGAACAUUUCCUCCACACCACCCCACGUUCUACCAAGAAACUACAACAAGAAGAAACGUCCUUUUUUGCCAAUCUGACACCUUGCAUUGCACAAGAAGAUUGCCCAACAUUCUCCACAAUAUAUGAACUAUUACAAGCUAACUUAAAUGGAAAAGCUGCCAUUUGUGCUGAAGUUACUAGAAUCCAAUGUACCGAAGCCAAUUCUUCCCAAACCAUUAGUAAAGCUUCUGAUAUGUUUGCAAUGCAAUGUUUUUUUCGUAAUCUGGUAUACCUGGGUUGUAAGUCGUGUUUCAGAGCAUUGAAAAAGGACCAUAAUGACAUAUAUAUGCACUGUUCUUACUGUAUAGAAAGACACAACUCCUCUUAUUCCUACGGUGUUGCCUAUUUCUUUAAGCAAUGCUGGGUUUACUUAUCGGAUGAAUCAGGGACACUUUUUGGUACAUCCUCUCAUGUCGCAACAGUCAAGUUUCUUACGAGACCAGAGGAUGCUUUGAACGAUGACAUUAGCAAGUUGUUUGAAAGAAUCCAGCGUAUUUUUCAUUCAGACAAUGUUAACGUUGUGCUCAGAUGUGAAACUGUCUUGGAUGAAAAUGAUUUUAAGAAGUCUCAAAACUUCGAGCUUCUCGACUUGCAAGUGCAAAAAACAUAGAAUAAACAAGUCUCAACGAUAUACCAUUAGUUUAGCUGCUGAAUUUUUGGCUAGAUAGACUUCAAAAUCAAGAAGCAGCGAUGCUCAACCAACGAAUCUACGUAAAAUAGCGCACUGAAUAGAUGGUGGAAUACAUUUAAUUUACGUCUAAAACACUGGUUUACAGUU